AGUUCACAUUUUACAUUAGGCAGAAGUGUUCUACCAACAGAAAGUGUGAACAUUGGGAAUAUGAUGAGAAACAGUUGUAACUUGCAGCUCUCAUUGUUUUUCCUGAUUUUGGGUGUCAGUGAUGUAUUCAGUGGGACUGAAUAUGUUGAGACAGGAAGAAGCUACAGUUUCAGACCCUACAUAAAAAUUAGAGUUGAGGCCAUUCUGUGGAAAUUCAAUAAUGAAAAGGUGGUUGAAUAUGACGAUGGUUUGCUGAAAUGGUUUCAGUUUGAAGAUCGUGGAGUUCUUGCUACAGAAACUGGAGUUCUUACACUUAAAGGGCUGAAGAAAAGUGACAGUGGUCAAUAUGAGGUCGAAAUCCUGGGGGGUGGGAUUCUUCAGACGUCCAAGUAUGAUCUUAGAGUGAUUGAUGCUGUUUCACAACCAAAAGUGGCCUGUAUCAAAGACAACACAGGAGAAGUAACAUCGCUCGAGUGUUCAGUGGAUUUUAACAUUCCAUCAGUGUAUCAGUGGACUGGGCCAGGUGACAUGAAACACACUGGGAGAACACUUAAUAUCACCAACAGCACAGAUCUUACUGCUGUCUAUUCCUGCACUGCAGAGAAUCCUGUCAGCAAGAACAGCACAGAGUUCUUGUUGAAGGAAUGUCAGACAGGUGAUGUAUUUAAUGGAACUGAUUGUGUUGAGACAGGAAAAAGCUACAGUUUCAGGCCGAACAUAACAACUAGAAUUGAGUCCAUUCUGUGGAAAUUUAAUAAUGAAAAGGUGGUUGAAUAUGAAGAUGGUGUGCUGAAAUGGUUUCAGUUUGAAGAUCGUGGAGUUCUUGCUACAGAAACUGGAGUCCUUACACUUAAAGGGCUGAAGAAAAGUGACAGUGGUCUAUAUGAGGUCGAAAUCCUGGGGGGUGGGAUUCUUCAGACGUCCAAGUAUGAUCUUAGAGUGAUUGAUGCUGUCCACAGCCAGUGGUCUGUAUCAAAAACAACAAUGGCAAAGUAACAUAAUUCGAGUGUUCAGUGGACCCAGAACUUCUGGCAGUGUUUUAGUGGUGGCGAGAAACACACUGGAGAUAUACUUCAAAACUCCAGAUCAACUGAUCAUAACAUAAUAUAUUACUGCACUGCAAAAAAAUCCAAUUAGCCAUAGGAGCAGAGAGUUUUUUUUUUUGAAGGAAUGUUACACAGAUAAUGCUUAACUUUAGAUGGAUGUCAAUGUUCUUGAAUAAAGACUUAGGUAUCUGUUUAAAUCUGUGCUGUAUGUAGUGUGAAGUAGAGAGCAAAAACUAGGUUAUAUUGCAGUGUUUCAGCCUAAAUUAAACGUUUCUGCAGAUUCCAGCAUCUGCUUUGUGAAACUUUUUCUGUCAUGUGUUCAAACAAAAAUUACAAGAUCAAUUAGAAA